GCCGAGCGGCGGUCCCGGCGGGGCUGCCGGAGGCAGCAGGCAGGGCAGCCCGCGCUCUCUGUACCUCUGCCCGCGGCCGCUUCUUUCGGUCUCUGGGUCCGCGCAGGACCUUCUCGGUCCCACAGGAGCAGGUGUUUCUGAUCAGGCGCGCCGCGGGCAGCCCCUCCCGGGGGCCCUUGCGGCGGCGUCCCGGGGGCCUCCGGGGACCUCGGAGCAAGAUGGCGGCGGUGGGGUCCGUGAGGCGCGGGCGGCGGCGACCGCGGCGCCAGUAAGGGGCCCGGGGGCCCGGGCGGCUCCGGGCCGAGGCCCCGCCGCGGGACGGACCAUGCUGCGCUCCACUGGCUUCUUCCGGGCCAUCGAUUGCCCCUAUUGGGCUGGGGCGCCCGGGGGGCCCUGCCGGCGGCCCUACUGCCACUUCCGGCACCGCGGGGCCCGGGUCCCCGGCGCGCCCUGCGGCGGCGGCGGAGCGGCGGCCCCCGCAGCAGGGCUCGGCUAUGACCCCUACAACCCCGAGUUGCCCAAGCCCCCCGUGCAGAGGGAGAAUGGCAUCCUGGGCCACGGGGAGGAGGCCCGCUCGGACACCCUGGAGCUGGAGCUGGUCAACCAGGCCAUCGAGGCCGUGCGCAGCGAGGUGGAGCUCGAGGAGAGGCGCUACCGGGAGCUGCUGGAGACGGCCAGGGAGUACAGCUCGGGCGAGGCCGCUGCCACAGCGGCCCUGGAGGACGCCUUCCCGCUGUCCUUGGAGCCCACACCCGGGGGCUGCGGCCGCCCAUCGGACCAGGCCGCCGCCUACCAGCCCACUCCCCUGGGCCCCCCGGCCACUCCGGGCAGCAGGUACUCGCUGGCGUCUCCGGACAGCUGUCCCAGCAGGGUGGGCGGCCUGGAGUACGUGCCCAAGGCCGUGACCCACCCCAGGAAGUACGGCCGCCCCGUGCCCAGUGGCAAGUAUGUCCUGGACAACUCCAAGCCCUCCACAGACCUGGAGUACGACCCGCUCUCCAACUACUCGGCCAGGCUCCUCAGCCGGGCCAGCCCCAGGGAUGACCGUGCCCCCAAGAGGCCCAGGGGCCCCCGCAGCAGCGAGCCCUACACGCCAGCCCCCAAGAAGCACUGUGACCCCUUCAGCGGCUACGACGCCCAGUUUUCAGACUCAGAGGAUGACGCUGCGGCUCCAGGUGACCGGCCUACCACCGCCAGCCCCCCGAAAUCCUGGGCAGGCCCCGAGAGCAAGGCCACCAGGAAGCCAGCCUCCAGGGAGGGCCCGGGGCCUGAGGAGGGCAGCCUGCGGGAGACCAAGGAGAUGGCCGUCCAGUGUGACGUGGGGGAUCUCGGGCAGCCCCUGAACGGUGUGAACGGGGGGCCCCUGCUGAAGCCUGGCCCCCCAGCUCGGGCCUCGCAGGAGCGGGCGGGCAGCGAGCAGAGGCAGAGCGGCCCCAAGGAGGGCAGGGCCAAGAAGAAGCCGCGUGGGGAGCCGCCACCUCCCGGCCACAAGGACGGCGUCCGGAAGAAAGGCCAGGGCCGGGAGCGUGGCCGAGGGAAGCCAGGCGAGAAGCUCAGCCCCGGCCAGAAGGGCCCCCAGCCCAGGGAGGACAGGCCGGAGCGGACCAAGAGCAAGGUGGCUCUGGCUGCCGCGGGGUCCAGCUCAGGGAAAGGGAGGGCCGAGCGGCCAGGGCAGCAGCUGGGCCCCCCAAGUGGGGGCGCCGGGCCCCGGGAGUCCCAGCCCCCGGGCAGGCCGGUGGGGAAGCUGGCCGAGCGCAAGGCCCGCUCCCUGGACGAGGGUGGCUCCCAGGACACCCCCAAGCUGAAGAAGCGCGCCCUGAGCCACGCCGAGCUCUUCGGGGACGAGAGCGAGGACGAGGACCCGCGGCCCAAGCGCGGGCCCCCCACCCUUCCCAGCCUCAGCUCCGACUCGGGCUCCGACUCCGACUCCAGCCUCAGCCUCCCCGGGGAGCAGGGGCCACCCAAGGCACUCAAGGCCUCCCUGCCCCCGCCUGCUCCCACGCCUCCCCCCCCUUCCUCCUCCUCCUCCUCCUCCUCCUCCUCGGAGGCGGGGGAUGUGGACUACGCGGCCCUGGAGAAGGAGGUGGACUUUGACUCUGACCCCAUGGAGGAGUGCCUGCGGAUCUUCAACGAGUCCACCAGCGUGAAGACAGAGCACAAGGGCCGCCUGGCCCACCAGCCGCCCAAGGAGGAGCAGAGCGAGGAGGCGGGGCGCACGGGCCUGACCACCCUGUUCCCCGGGCAGCGGAGGAGGAUCGCCCACCUGGCCAAGCACGGCAGGGAGGCAGAGCUCCCGGGGCGGAGCCCGGCGGCGCCCCCAGCCCGGCCCCCAACGGCCCAGGAGGUGUGCUACCGGCGGGCACAGCAGGUGCAGCGGCAGUCGGCGGGCUGGCUCCAGGCCGCCCAGCGGCCCCUCGAGCAGCCCCUCGUCGCCCCCGCACGCGCCCCGGCCCCUGGUGAGAAGAGGAGGAUCGCCCACGUCCCCAACCCCCGCAUGGCCGCAGCCCCCACAGGCGCCAAGAGGGCCCUUGCCGCCAGCAGCAGCCAGCCUCCCCACGGCCCCGAGCCUGGCAGCCAGCCGCUGAAGACGCGCACCCUGGCCGGGAUGGCGUCCAAGACCACCACCACCGCCACCCCCAAGCGGAUCGCACACAGCCCGUCUUUACAGAGUCUAAAGAAACCUAUUAUCCCGAAAGAGUUUGGGGGCAAAGUCCCCACCGUCAUUCGACAGCGAUACCUCAACCUGUUCAUCGACGAGUGUCUCAAGUUCUGCUCUUCUAACCAGGAAGCCGUCGAGAAGGCACUGAACGAAGAGAAGGUGGCCUACGACCGCAGCCCCAGCAAGAACAUCUACCUGAGCGUCGCCGUCAACACCCUGAAGAAGCUGCGGGGGCUGGUCCCCAGCUCCGUGCCCGGUCUCCACAAAACCAGUAGUCGCAGGGUCGUGUCCCAUGAGGUGGUGCUGGGGGGCAGGUUGGCUGCCAAGACCAGCUUCUCUCUCAGCCACCCGAGCAGCCCCCGGGUGGAAGACCUGAAAGGGGCCGCCCUGUACAGCCGCCUCAAGGCGUACCUGCUCACCGACGACCAGCUCAAGGAGAACGGCUACCCCUUCCCGCACCCCGAGCGGCCCGGGGGCGCCGUGCUCUUCACGGCCGAGGAGAAGAAGCCCAAGGACCCCUCCUGCAGAAUCUGCUGCCGCUGCGGCACGGAGUACCUCGUGUCCCCCUCGGGCCGCUGUGUCCGCGACGAAGAGUGUUACUACCACUGGGGGCGGCUGCGCCGGAACCGAGUGGCCGGAGGCUGGGAGACCCAGUACAUGUGCUGCUCUGCAGCCAUCGGCUCCGUUGGCUGCCAAGUCGCGAAGCAACACGUGCAGGACGGCCGGAAGGAAAACCUCGAAGGGUUCGUGAAGACCUUUGAGAAGGAGCUUUCCGCAGAUGCUUACCCAGGAAUCUACGCCCUGGACUGUGAGAUGUCUUACACCACCUACGGCCUGGAGCUGACCCGCGUCACCGUGGUGGACACCGACAUGCACGUUGUCUACGACACCUUCGUGAAGCCCGACAACAAGGUUGUCGACUACAACACCAGGUUCUCUGGCGUGACCGAGGCGGACCUCGCGGACACGAGCAUCACGCUGCGUGACGUCCAGGCCGUCCUGCUCAGCAUGCUGAGUGCCAGCACCAUCCUCAUCGGGCACAGCCUCGAGAGCGACCUGCUGGCCCUGAAGGUCAUCCACCGCACCGUGGUGGACACGGCCGUGCUCUUCCCGCAUCGCCUGGGCCUCCCCUACAAGCGCUCCCUGCGGAACCUCAUGGCCGACUACCUCAGGCAGAUCAUCCAGGACAACGUGGACGGGCACAGCUCCAGCGAGGACGCCAGCGCCUGCAUGCACCUCAUGGUCUGGAAGAUCCGCGAAGACGCCAAGACCAAGCGAUGACACCGCCCGCCCCGCGCCCCGCCCUCGCCCCGCCUCUUCCAAACAGUGCAAUAAACGUUGAGAGUUACCCUGUGGUCGCCGGCCCCACGGCACGGCCCGCCCAGGCCCACCCAGCGCGAGAGCCACCGCGGCCCGGGCCCCCAGCAGGCCCAGGGCGCUGCCCCCCGAGAGCCGGGUCCUUCCGGAGACUGCUGCCGACUCAGCCGGACGGCCGCCCCGUCACCCCUGCCCCCCCAGCCCCCCCCGCCUCCCCCCACCCCGCUUCUGUUCCUCUGGUUGUGGGGGGCCGGGACAGGCAGCGUGGCCGCGGGUUUGUUCGAGACAGGGCUUGUCUUUUUUUAUUUUGUAUUGCUAUUUUUAUUAUUUUUAAUUUAAACCUGAUGACUUGCACAGUUCUCUCCCCUGACCCGGAGGGGGCAAGACCCUGGUGCUGCCUUCCCUCCGGGCUGGGGGGAGCCAGGGGAGCGGCCGGCCCGCGCCCCGAAGCCACGCGCUGCUGGGACCCGCCGCCCCCACGGAGGGACCGGGGCUCUGCCCUCCGCACGCAGGGCGGCCGAGCCCGCCUUCAGGACCACCGGCCCUGGGAGCCGGAGGCUCGGCCGCCGGGUGGGUCCUGGCCUCCUGGGACCCCCGAGAACCCAGCCAGCCCCUCCCGCCGGCCUCUAGACACUGUCCUCCCCUCCCGGGGGCCCCCUGUAAAGACCCUGCACCCCACUCUGCCCCCCCCCACCCCGGGCAGGGAGAGAAUAAAUGUUUGUAUGCAUUUUCCA